AUGGGAUUUUUGAGUGGUGUGCUUGGUGCGGUGAAAGGUGAUGAAGCAGUUAAAACGUACAUAAAUGCAGAUGAAACAAACAUAAUUAUACGCAAUUUAAAAAAUUCCAUUGGUAAAGGCUCCGCUGCACUGUCUGCCCAGAUCGGUGAGGUAAGCAAAUGGCUUCAGAGGUAUGAGCUUGCUGUAGGUAGCAAGACUGGCGCUGUCAUCACAAAAUUAGGUGAGUUAAUUGAUAAGUUUAAAUCUGGUGCAGGUGAAUACUACAAGGAAGUUGCAAGCCGAUCAGGUGACGACCUCAAGAAGCAGCUGGCGGAGUGGACCAGGGUGGUCGGACAUGUUACCGAGGAACUAAAACAAAUUGAAACGAAUCAUGUUAAUGAAUUAGAUAAUACAUUGAAACGUGAUAUAAUGCAUGAACUUACCGUUGCGAAAGCGUCCGUUCAUAUGUUAGGGGAAUCGGCGGCGAACAGUUUCUUGAAAGGGCAGGCCAAACAGGUGGAUGAGACCCUAGAAACGGAGAAAAACAAAUUAGACAAUCAAAUUACAAAGGAGAGUAAAAGGGUGCAAGAAACCUUAAUGGAUGAAUUCAGAAAAAUCCGUGAUGUGGUGACGUCUUUGAAUGAGAAAAAGAGAGAACAUUUUGAACGUGCUCAUAGGCAUUUGUUAGAGGUUUCCAAGUUCAUGGAUGAACAGUUUGACAGUGAAUAUAUGACUAAAAUUUUGGGUAAAUUCACGGACAUAAAAUGGGAGGUCGGCAACAUCUACGACACGUUAAAGAAAAAGAAAGGGGAGCUUGAACAUAUGGUGAAAUAUGCAAGAACAAAAUUCGAAGAGCUCAGAAAGCAUUCUGUUAAAGUAGUCUCUGGAGGCAGUAAUGGAAGCGUUGAACAUUUCUUUGAGCAGCUCAAAGAAGCGAUAACGAGUUUUGUCAACAAGUUGACUGCAGAAGAGAAAAAAUCGGAUGACGCUUCACUUCAAGCAAUUGUGGACGGUGUUAAAGCGUACGCUCGGGGAUUCGGAACUGGUACGCUUGAAACGACGGUGCAGGAGUGGGUUAAAGAGAUUGUGCAGACGGAUGAAAAUGUUGUGAGCAGUAACGUCAGCACGUAUGUCAGCCGUAACAGAAGCAGUGGUACGCUGAGCACCAUAGCAGGUUGGGAUCGUCAAGAGCAGGCAGUUAAGGAUGCCAUUAUUGCACAACUUCCACACUUCAUUAAGAUCGAUAUUGAAAACGCUGUACAACAAAGUUUACAAAGUGCUGAUGUAAGUACUAUACAUGCGAAGUUCAACCAGCUUGCUGAAAAGAUUCUACAAGAGAUCAGCAACGAUGGUAAUCCGUCAAUUGGCGUGGCAGUGGGCAAGAUUGGAGGACAUUUGGGUAUGACACCCAGUAAUGUCCUAGCGCCCCUAUCCGACGAUAAAAAUCUGAAAUCCGCGGUUAGAGCUAUAUACAAAUCAAUAGCAAACAAGUUCAAGCAGAUGGCCAAAGAGAUCGGGAGAUUUGUCCAGACGUCCAAGAUUCACCCAAACCUACAGAAGGCCAUCGCCGAAGUUAAAGUUAUAGCCAACCACUUUAAACCAGAUGGAUUAGCAGAUAGUUAUGGCACAAUGAUAGAUAUGGCGUUGCAAAAGGUGAAGCCUAGUAUUAAAGAGCUUGAUGAGGUGUUAGACAAACGUGGCACAAUUGGUUCAAUUAAAGGUAUUAUCAAUGAAAUUGACGAAGAUCUCAGUAAGAUUUAUAAGCUUAAGCAAGAACAAACUGAUAUAGACCUAGACAACGAUGGUGAGAUCAAUAAAAUAAGAGAUGCGGCAACAAUAAAGGCGCAGGAAUUGAAAGGAAAGAUUCGAAUACAUAUAUACGACAUUCGUGAAGCCGUCAAUACGGCAGAUGGCGAAUUGGAGCACGCCAUUCGAGCAGUUCGCAAAACCGUAAAUUACGCGUCUGAUAACUGCAAAAUUGCAGUCUCCCACCUCCAAUCCCAGCUAAUAUCCGACGUCCAAACCGCAUUUGCCAAUGUUACUAUGCAGGUGCGACAGCUGUUUGCGGAGGAACACAAAUCAGACCUAAAGGCGCUUAGAACUUUAGUGGGACGGCAGUUGAAAACCAUUAGAAUGAUUAUUGAAAAGGAUUUACAGACCGGUUUAAAAGGCCUCUUCAAAUCCAUGCUAAAAGAUGAUGGUAAAAACGUUACUACACUUCAAAGCAAACACGGUAUCACCGCGCUGGCCACCAAGGCAUGUACGCUGCUGACCAAACUGGUAACCUACGUGGAAAGUGAUUUAAGGAAAGUUGAUCCCAAAUUCACUCAACUUAGUAAAUUCGGUAAAUCCAUCGAACUAUUUACAUAUGAUUUAAUUGAACACGCCCACUUCAGCCACCCCGUCUCCCUCCGCCUCUCCACCCUCGCCUCUCUUUCCUCCGCCCUCGACCCCCAAGCGCUGCCGGACGCAGGACGGCCCGUGCUCAGGGCGCUGAAGGAUGGGAUGCUGGGAUUCGUGGGAGAGUUGGAGAAGGGGUAUGUGAGUAGGUAUGAUGGAGGUGAAAGUAUUAAAGAGUGGGUUAAAAGAGACGGUGAAAAAGAUGUUUUGACGCCUGAAGGAAAAAAUGGCGCUAAGGUGUUUUUGACGCUGCUCAACACCCUAUGCGAAGAUUUGCCGUACCUGGAAAACAAGUGUAAGGAGAACUCAAAAUAUUCGUGGAAGCAUAAAACAAUUAGUGAAAAGCAUGAUAACAAAGAAAACGCACUUGGGUGCUACCUCAAGCGGUGUGGUUACGCAGUCGCCAAGGAUGAGCACUCGAAGGAUGGUGAGUUGAACUUUCCCUAUAGGAAUUACAUGGGUGGUCAUAUUUAUCAGAAGUUGAAUGAGCUUAAAUUCGUCAGCGGUAACAGCAUCUUUCAACACCUUCUACACUGUGAUUCAAACGUGAAUGAAAGGAGCGAAAAGAUAAAAACUAACGACUUUACUAUCUUUGAACUACUCAAAUGCCUGCUACACCACGUUGAUGAAUAUAAUGAAGUCUGUCACUACGCUACAACAUUCUCGAGGAAGCAGCCGUGUACUGUGUACGAAAUGCUUGCGUGGUGCUCCGGUCUAACGUAUAAUCCAGUGUACCAUGGAUUACAGCUUAACGGAUUCACCAGCUUUUUGGACAAGCCUAAGAGCAAGGGGACAAUUACCAAUAAGCAUGAAGAUGAAGAGGAGGAAGGUCCAACUGUUGAAGACUCUACCGCGCUAGGUUUGGAUGCCUACCCAAGUGACAUAACGUUCAACAGCGUAUCUCAUGCCGUCGCACAUAUCACGUCCAAGUGCCAUGACAUUUUGACAACCAUCGUAGGCACAGGUGACGCAGAGACAGUCUACGCCUGUGACUACUCCAAUAACUACCUGGCGUUAUCCUACCCAGCCGAUCCAGCACAGUGCUUUGAAACGUUGAUUGACAUUCUUCGUCGAAUGUUACCGCAGCUCAGAUUCUUGUUGACUAAAUGUAGCACUAAGACCGAGCAUAACGGUUGGCGCAACUGUGAGUACGGCAAGCUUGUGCCGACGAGCAAAUCGCAUUGCAACGAGCAACCAAGCGAUAAAGUAACGAGCAAAGCAACGUGCCAACCAACGUGCCAGGCAAACACCAAAGUAAAUUGCCAACCAACCUCUCCACUAAUGAGCUAUUUGAAUGAUUGCCUUCCGGGUCAUCUCCCCCACCAUGUUACUUCAAUAGGCUGCAAAUCCGUAUGCAGCAAUUGUCCAAGGAACAAGCCCGGGCAACCAUGCUUAACGCCUCUUGGCUUCCGUGGUUUCUCCUGUAGCACCCGUACCGGCAAAAAGCUAUAUGAGAUACUUGUCACAUUUUUAGGUGAUGUCGAGUUGUCACGCCUAAUGUGUCUGCUUCCGAAACCACCGGCAACCUUGCCGGAACAUUUCGGCUUUGCAUUAUCGUUGGUGAACGGAUGGAACAAUCCUUCCAAGUAUAAAACGAAUACUCUGAAAAAUGACGUCGAGUCCUCCAUCAGCAGCGUGUCCAUGCAAUUAUACCUAAAUCCUGACAACUUCAGCAAAACAAUUUGUAACGCAUAUAGUAGUAGACAUACCAAUACGAUGGAUAAAAAUCAUCUGCCUGCAUACGCUGAUUUGUCAAGCCUGGCUAUACCGACAGUAUGCACAGCUGCCGAUGUCAAGUGCGCUCCAUAUCUUUUUUCCCUCAGCUGUGAUUUGUACUACCACCUCGCGAAGAAACAUUCUGGGCUUUACCUGUCAUGGGCCAUCUACCUCCCGUGGACAUUCUGGGACCUACUCAACAACCUCUACAACUCCUUCUGCUCCAUCAACUGCCAAGACUGGGGAUGCCGUGGAUGUCUACGUGACGAUAAGUGUAAGAAGGGGGAGCAUGGUGUUAUCGAAGAUGAAAAGAAACCAAAUCCUACUUGUCCAUGCCCUUCCAUCGUUGACUGCAAAGGUGUCGCACCAACGCUCUACCAGUAUGGUUUCGUCUUUGGUGAGGCGUCGACGUUGAAUGACAAGGCAUCGCCGAAGAAGUGCUCCGAUUUCUGUAGUCAAUUGAAGAAUGUUCUCAAUUCGCAGUACUUCAAGAAAUUGUUUGAGGAGUGCGACAACUUCCUCUGGAGAAUCCGUGAACCAUUCUCCUACCUUGUCCUUUCCCUCUGGCUCCUCUCUUUCCUCUACCUCAUCCACAUCAUGGUCAUCCGCCUCGACCUGCUCCACAUCAAAUCGCAUCUACAUAGUCCCUCAUCACAUCGUAUCGCCGCGCAAUCACUACUUGCUGCUGCACGUGUUAACAAGCUUAACAGAGUGUUUUAUCUGCAACCAUAA